GCUGACCAGCUCCAGCUAGCCUUCUCUAUGGCAGAUUCUCCCUUAAACAACUCCUGGCCUUCUUUCUCCAAACUCUGGAUGAAACGUUGGUCCUUCAAGAGAGGAUCAGAAGGUAAGCCAUGUUCUACCCUGCCGCCCUGUGUGAGUGUCUCAGAGGCAUCCUCCUUGUCCUCGUCCCCAGCCUCCGUCGCUAAGGACGUCUUCUUCAACACUGAGGAAAAGGAUGAUGAAAGUGACUAUGAGAACCCAAGCCUGGAUGAGGAUGUAGACAGCAGUGUGGAGGAUCUGCUGGGUUUAAGCUGCUCCUUCAUAGACUCAAACUAUUACAAAGACCAUCAAGGGGUACACUCUGUAUCGGCCGCCCCAGAAACCAGCCCUUCUACCCUGGGCUUUCCCAGUAGAUAUAGAGACAGUCCCCAGCACAGCUCCCAGCUUCAUCCCAAUCCACAUCCCUAUCCAUAUCCCUAUCAAGAGACUGAAAACAAAUCCAUACCCCAUCACACUAUUGUGGUCACCCAGUUCAACCCUAACCUGUUGCAGUCAGGCAGUGCCAUGGACGGCUAUAACAGUGAGUCGGUGGACCCUGUGGACUCUGUGGGUGUGGUGACCACUAUGGUGAAUCUGAAUGGACCAGGAGGACAAGGAGACAUGAUGGAUUCUGACAGAGAGAGCUUCCCUAUCCUGAUCAGGUCCAUGUCUACAUCACGCAGACACAGCUUGGGCAUGCCCAUGUCUCCCAUCGACUUGGGGAGGAGGCUGAGCCUGGACGCCAUAGACAGCGAUGGAGAGAGGGAUGACUCUCUCCUCCGCCCCUCCCACCUACAGGCCUUUAUAUACCCAGAAUGCCCUGAGCAGGAAGUGGAGGAGUCAGAUGGGACAGACCUCUCCAGAUCCGAAGCCAAGGAGACAGAAACGGAGGAGUGCAGUCGGUCUGGAAGGACAUACUCCAGAACAGAGAUUCUGGCCACAGAUGAGCACAUUCACGUCGCACACGUGUCUCACGUAGUGGAGACAUCGAAGAGGGCAGCAGGAGAGGAGCUGGACCCAGAGGAACCCAACUUGCACACUGCAGAAGGACAGACUCAUAUAGCCAGGCAGAGGACCACACGGCCAGAGGGGAAGGAGACUGGAAGUAGUGUCACCUGGUAUGAAUUUCUCUCCAACGAAAAUGAGGAAGAAGAGGACCGAACAGAGAAAGUGGAAAAGGGGACCAAAGUGAAGCGCACCCUGAGCUCGCUUAGGAGCAGAAUGACUGGCUCAUUCAACAAAGACAAGCAGGGUAAGAACCGAGAGAAAGAGCAGCAGAAGGGGAAGGAGAGGGAACUCAAAGAGAAAGAGAAACUGCAUCACAGUAGUAGCAGUGGGCAUAAUUUGGUGCCAGGCUCCUUCUCCAGCUGUGCCACCUGCUCACUGUGCAGUAAGGCCCUGCAGAAAAAGCAUGGUCUGCAGUGCCUGAACUGUGCAGUGAACGUUCACAGGAGUUGUCGGACGCUACUAGCUGAGUGUAACAGCAGCAAGAACAAGAAGGAUUCUCUGCAUAGGACUCCCACAACAGUGUCGCCGAACCUCGCCCUGAGGGAUCGGGACCAGUCUUCUUCGGCCCUUGAUUGCCCCUCCGGUUCUCCGCGCAUCCCAGGCAUGACCCUCACCCCGCGGGGACCCAGUGCUCAGCCUGCCUCAGCCGCCUUCAACAGCUCUUCCUCCAGCCACACUGCUGCAGCCAGCCUCAACCACAGCCACAACAGCCACACCGGAUCCCUCUCAGGGGACAUGGACGAACCGGACAGCCUACGCUCCGGGCUCAAGCGCUUCAAUGAGGACGCAGUCUCCCUGGCCCCAUCCACCACUGACUCCAUCGUUGUAGAAGAUGCGUACUACUCUGCAUUUCGAGCUGAUCUGGAGUCUGAUGCCCAGGACCUGGAGGUGGAGUCAUGGAGUCUGGCUGUGGACCAGCACUACCUGAAGAAAUACACCAAGGAGACGGUCAAGAGACAAGACGUUAUCUACGAGCUGAUGCAGACAGAGAUGCACCACGUACGGACCCUGAAGAUCAUGCUGCGUGUUUACAUGAGGGAGCUGAAGGAGCACCUCCAGAUGGACGAGUUGUUCCCGCGCCUGGAGAGCCUGCUGGAGCUGCACACAAGCUUCCUGUCCCGCCUAAAAGAGCGGCGCCGAGACUCCACGCAGCCCGGCAGCGACAGGAACUACAACAUACAGAGACUCGCUGACAUCCUCACCACACAGUUUUCAGGUGAGAAAGGGGAUCGGAUGAAGGAGAACUAUGGUGAUUUCUGCAGCCACCACACCGAGGCUGUCAGCUACUACAAGGAGCAACUACACAACAACAAGAAGUUCCAGAACCUCAUACGGAAAGUCAAUAAUUUGUCCGUUGUGAGAAGAUUAGGAGUGACUGAGUGUAUCCUCCUGGUGACACAACGCAUCACCAAGUACCCUGUGCUGGUGGAACGUAUUGUGCAGAAUACUGAAGUGGGUACGGAGGAACACGAGGAGUUGACCAGGUCUCUUAGUCUGAUUAAAGACUGCAUCGUCCAGGUGGAUGCUAUGGUCAACCUGCAUGAGAAGACCUCGCGACUCCGAGACAUCGCCCACAAGAUAGAGCCCAAGUCCCUCGGCAAGAUCAAAGAUGGCCGUGUGUUCCACAGAGAGGACCUGUCCCAGGGUCGACGCAGGCUGCUGCACGAGGGGACUGCUAACCACAAGGCCGCCUCCGGCAGACUCAAAGAUAUUGUGGCUGUGCUGCUGUCCGACGUGCUUUUGUUACUCCAGGACAAGGACCAGAGAUAUGUUUUCUCCACAGUGGACAACAAGCCCUCAGUGAUCUCCCUCCAGAAGUUGAUAGUAAGGGAGGUGGCCCACGAGGAGAGGGCCAUGUUCCUGAUCUGCGCCUCCUCCAAUGAGCCGGAGAUGUACGAGAUCCACACCGCCUCCAAGGAGGAGCGCAACUCCUGGAUGACACACAUCCGGCAGGCCGUGGAGAGUUGUCCACACACUGAGGAGAGACUCUUCAGUGAGCAGGAGGAGGCUCGAGCUGCCAGAUUCAACGAGUUCCAAGAGCGUCUGAGCCAGAAGGACUCCCAGAUCGUGACAUUGCUGACAGAGAAGCUGCAGCUGUUUUCAGACAUGUGUCUGGUGUCUGGUCACGAGGACACGACCUUCCGCUCCCGCCUAAUGCUGCGAGGUGACGCCUCAGACCUCCACCAGGGGGAGACACUGCUCAAGGGGACCAUCACUGAUGUGGAGAGUCUUCAGAACCUGUUGCUGUCUGGUGUGAGAGAGCCAGCUUCACGUCUAGAGGAGGGUUCAGGAUCCGGGGCUCUGCCCAGGAGAGCAGACACCUUCGGGGGCUAUGACAGCAGGCCCAUCAUCCUCAACAAGAGCAUUGUGAAGAAGAAGAACCACAGUGGAGGGGACAGGGCCAGAGACGAGACCCAGAAAGGCUGCUCUGACCCCCAGCUUACCAAGAUCCAGGCUAGUCAGACCUUGGAGCAGCAACAGGCUGAUGAUGAGGAGGAGGAAGAGGCCUCUCCAGCCACCUGGAGCCCCAUCUGGUCUAACACCUUCCCUGAGGCCGAGUUCUUUGACCGGGUGCUGAUGCUGUCCCAGAGACUCUACAGCCUGCAGGCCAUCAUCGCCAAGCAGGACAGCCACAUCGAGCUACAACGCGCCUCCCUCACCGAGCGCGCCUCUUUCCCUGGCCGUCACCGCGGCAACGUUCUCCUGGAGCAGGAGAAACAGAGGACGCUGGCCCUGCAGAGGGAGGAGCUGGCCAGCUUCCACAAGCUGCAGUCACAGCACCGUCAGGAGCAGGCUCGCUGGGAGAGGGAGCGGGAGCGCCACAGGCUGCAGGCCGAGGUCACGGAAGGGACGCUGAGGCAGAGAGAGGACGACUGCAGGAGGCUGGAGGAGAAGCUGGCGGAAGAGAGGGAGGACCUGGAGAGACAGAGAGAGACGUACCAACAGGAUCUGGAGAGACUGAGGGAGUCGACCCGCACAGUGGAGAAGGAGAAGGAACGCCUGGAGCAGCAGAGGAAGAUCAAGAGGAAGACCAUUGAGGUGAUGCCCUUCUCUGGCAGUCUAAAUGGGGAUCUCCUUCUGGGCAUGGGCAGUAGCUGCAGCGUCGGAUCAGACCUCUCUCUCACCCUCCCCCAGAAGGCCCUGGUUCGUUCCAGCCCUUCUGUGACGCCCGCAGACUACCUGGAGCGUCCUGAGGUUCUGGCUCGGGGUCAGAGCGCCAACGCCACGGCGCUGCCGGUGAAGAAGGAGGUGCCCCUCCACCUGUGCAGCACCACCAACCAGCAGCACAAGCAGGUGGGUGUCCAGCAGCAGAUCCCGACCAAGCUGGCAGCCCUGAGCUCAAAGAGUUCGAAGAGUGCCAAGGCCACCCACCGCACCGACAGCACAGCCUCUCUGGAUAUGAAGCAAAUGCUGCCUAUGAAGUUGUCAGCCAAAGAGGACGGCACUCUGAAAGCCAAGCGCUCCAUCAGCCCUAACCAGCAGCUUCCUCACACCCUAGUCCACUCCCAGUCCGUGCACUUGACAGUUUCAUCGAGCCUUCCAGACAGGGGGCCAGAGAAUCAGCCCGCCGGCCUACAGAAGCCCCCCAGCCAGGCCUCCAACCCCCUGCACAUCCACACCCAGCCCCAGGCUCCAAACCCCCUCCAUACCCAAAGCCCUAACGCCCCUCCAGCACAGGCCCCUGUCCACAGCCUGCCCCCUCCAUGCAGGAUCCCUGAGGAUGUAAUCUUCUUCUGAGCCCCCCCCCCACGGCAGUCAGGGACCAAAGGGAGGCCUGUGAUGUCACAUCUCUAGAAACCGUUCAGAUCUGGGACGCAACACGUUUCCUUUAAAAAAAAAAUAUUUACAUUUUUUUAAAGAUAACUCUGUUCAUUCUGAGAAGAAUCUAUAUAAUCACGUCUCCCUAAAACUAAUUCCAAUAAUUGUUUUGAAUCAUUUGUUUUAUUGAACCGCCGAUUGUUGAAUAUGAAGAAAGACGGCUAUAAUUAAUAUGAAGGUUUAUUUUAAACAUGAAGGGGUCACGUGACGUUCUGGACAAAUCCAGAAAGGAGAGAGAGAGAGGG